AUGUUGAGAGCGACUGAGGCCUUGGCGCAGAUUCUCUCGACGUCGCAGGCGUCUGAGCCGACAGGCCGCAGUGUGUUGCCGAAAAUAUUGAGGAUAGCCAGCCAGCACGAAGCUGCACUCGGAUACCCAAGCGACUCCAAGCCGAGCGGAAGCGGGAAGUGGGGGACUGUUAGGGCCCCGUCAUGCUGGCCAUCUUGUGCAGGAGAUGCAGGAGAUGCAGGAGACUCUGGCGACAGGGAUGUAGAGUCCAUGGCAGUGUGGUGGACGUGCUACACAGGCAGAUAUGGCAAGAAGGCUUGGUACAGAUAA